AUGAUUGCCACCGCUGCCUCUUCUGCUUCCUCUUCCUCGUCGUCUUGGCCGCUUCCUCCGAUGAGCUACGAACCGCGGCCAGCCGUGAGGUCCUUGCUGCCAAAGAGGAUCGACGUUGCGCAGCUCACCCCCAACAACCUCGGUCAGCUUCGAAAGCUCAACAGCGUCCUCUUCCCCGUGCAAUACUCCGAACGCUUCUACAAGGACGUCUUGGAUCCGGAUGCUUCCGAAAUUUGCAAGCUGGGUCUCUUCAACGAUGUCGCAGUGGGCACCAUCUGCUGCCGCCUAGAACCCGUCUCCCAGGGUGUUGUUCGCAUCUACAUCAUGACCCUCGGUGUCCUGGCCCCGUACCGACGCCUCGGAAUCGCAUCGGCACUGCUGGAGCAUGUUCUUGACCAUGUAAGGCCAGGCAAAGACAUCCAGAUCAUCGACAAGGAAGCACCCACUCCUAAGCCAAAGAAGGACAAGAACGGCAAGGAGACUAAACCGGAGCCCGUCAAGAAGACGGUCAAGGUCGAGUCCAUCUACCUCCAUGUGCAGACGUCCAACGACGAGGCGCGCACCUUUUAUCAAAAGUUCGGCUUCCAAGUGGCGGAGACAAUAGACAACUACUAUCGAAGGAUCCAGCCGGCCUCGGCGUGGGUUCUACAGCUCCAGUAG